UGUCUUCGGACGUCACAUUCUUUGAACCAUCCAGUCACUCUUUCCUGGAUUUCAAUCUCUAUUCUUCGCCUGCUAAUCGGUUCCCCGACCCGUCUCUUCGUCUUAUCCAUACCCAAUUCAUUGUUUAAGAGCAAGGAACUUUUAGAAUACCGCAAUCAUGAUGAAGCUUACCGUCGCUUUCUUGGCCGCCCUCGCCGCUGCCGACGCUGCCGAGGCCCGCAGCCAGCGCUUUGCCCGCCGCCAGCAAUACGGCUCCUACGGAUCCUACCCCUCUGUUCCUCAGAACCAGGCUGGUUACAACGCCACCACCCCUGCCUCCAGCUCCCCGGUCCCCGUUGUCCCUGAGGCUGCUACCUCCUCCGCCCCCGCCGGCGGUGACUACGGCGCUGGUUACCCUGCUGCCACUCCCACCCCCGCUGUCCCCGAGGCUGCCUCCUCCAGCCCAGCUGGUGGUGAGUACGGUGCUGGCAAGCCUUCCACCCCAGCUGUCCCUGAGGCUGCCACCAGCUCCGCUCCUGCUGCUUCUUACCCCGCUGGUGGUGAGUACGGUGCCGGCAAGCCUUCCACCCCCGCUGUUCCCGAGGCUGCCACCAGCUCUGCUCCUGCUGCCACCUACCCCGCUGGUGGUAACUAUGGCUCUGGCAAGCCUUCCACUCCCGUAGUCCCAGAGGCCGCUACCUCCUCCACCCCCGCUGCCUCCUACCCCGCUGGUGGCAACUACGGAACUGGCAAGCCCUCCGUCCCUGUUGUGCCAGAGGCCGCCUCCAGCACUGGCUACCCCAUGUACCCCACCGGAACCGGCUCUUACCCAGCCUCUUCCACCCCCGUCAGCGACAUGGUCACCAGCACCAUCUACAGCACCCAGAUCUUCACCAAGACUGCCUGCCCUUCCACCAUCACCACCACCUCCACCUCCACCCAGUACAGCACCGUUGUUGUCACUGUUCCUGGCUCCAAGCCCACUCCUGAGGUUCCUUCUGACCAGACCAAGCCCUCUGGCCCAGCCGGUGGUGAGGGUUACCCUACUGGCCCAGCUGGCGGUAACGGCUACCCCACUGGCCCAGCUGGCGGUGACAAGGACAUGACCAGCACCAUCAGCUCCACCUCCACCUCCACCAAGUACAUCACCGUCAAGCCCACUCCCUCUGGCGAUGUCCCAGUCGGCUCUGACUCCUACCCCACUGGCCCUGCCGGUGGUGCUGGUGCUAAGCCUUCUCCUUCCACCCCUGCCGGUGAGGAGGGUGAGGACUGCGCUCCCGUCACCGUCACCGUAACUGCCAAGGAGACCAUCACUGUUACCGCCGGUGGUAACUACCCCGUCGCUACCCCCGACUCCGAGGAGCCCAGCUACCCUGCCAGCACUCCUCUUGUCCCCGCUGACAAGACCUCUGGCAUGCCUCCUCACCCCACUGCUCCUUACGGAAACGGCACCAUGCCCUACGUCCCCGUUGGCACUGGCCCCGCUCCCGUCCCCAGCAGCGCCACCGCUUCUCUCCCCAGCUUCUCUUUCGUCUCUGAGAACUCCAAGCCCACUCCCAGUGCCCCCGCCGCUGCCUCUUCCGCCCCCGCCUACCCCGUCGGUGGUAACUACGGUGCUCAGCCCUCUCCUUCCGUCCCUGCUGCCGCUGAGUCCUCGCCUGCCUACCCUGUAGGCGGUAACUACGGUGCCGGCAAGCCUUCCACCCCCGUUGUCCCUGAGGCCGCUACCUCCUCCACCCCCGCUGGUGGCGAGUACGGUGCUGGCUACCCUGCUGCCACCCCCACCCCCGCUGUCCCUGAGCCAGCCACCUCCAGCCCUGCUGGCGGCAACUACGGAAGCGGUAGCUACGGUACCUACUAAGCGCUGACUCUCUCAUCGUAGAGUAGGCUCGCGUUUUGUUUGCAUCGCAUGUGUAUAGGGUCACUUGGCCCAUUUUCUUGCCUGUCCACUGAGCCCACUGGGCCAAGUCUCCUCAGGCAAGGGCCAGAUGCGAUGAAAGUGGGUUACAAU